UGAAUGGCAAUGAUGCCACAACAGGUUUCUGUUUUGAUAACGCCAGACAAUCCAUAUUUGAUCUAAACCAUGUCGCAGAAGCAGCUACACACUUAAGUGGGACUUAAAAUAUAUAAAGUCAAGCAGUAGUCAAGUUAUUUGUUAAUGCAAUCUUGCCUACUUACUUUGAAUUAUGACAGAGUUGGCUGUAAACACUCGAUGGAUAUUUGCUGUUGUGAAACUUUCUCUACUUUAUGCAACUUUGCUCCAGGACCAUUUUUGUGAAGCUUUAUGCACCAAGACAGGAACCAGGAAGAAAAACAUACUGUUUAUUUCUCCUCAAAAUAUUACGUUCAAUACUACUUUUCCAACAGAUGCUGUCUAUAUAAAUGAGAAUGGAAAUAGGCUGUGUUUCAACCUCCAGCAAAAUAAUACAGGUUGUUGCUUAAGUAAAGAUUUCGACUGCAGUCCCAAAAUAAGUUUGGUUGGUGAUUGUUACAGACUAACGCUGAGUGAAGCAGCAUUACGCAACCAAGAUGUUGUUGUGUUACAGAAUCCAACAUAUAAUUUUUCAUGUAUGCCAUCAACGUUCUACAACUCAAAAGGUUUAAUGCUGAACAUUCACAACUGCUUAAAAAUGGGUGGACUGACCAUUAGACUUGGCCUGGAUCAGCUGUUUGGAAAUUCAACAUCUGAGAAACUGAUAUGUGAAGAUACAUGGCCAAAAUUCAGGAUCAAAUCUUGUCGAAACAACAAGGAAACUACUACUGCAUCCUGGAGCACCAUAAGCAAUUUGGUUUCUCUAACAACUAAUGUGACAUCAUCACCUACAAACAACAGCAUUUCAAUGGGGAUUGCACAGUCAGAAGGUCAAGAAACAAGCCCCAAAAUCAGCAACUUAAGCAGUUCUUUUGCACAAACAACUCACUUGGUAAUUUUGCCUCUGUAA